AUGGUCCAUCAAAAGUCCAUCAUCAGGGCUUUGCCCUUCCUCAUCGGCAGCGUGGCUGCUUCACCUCUCGAGCUUUUCGAACGCGCCACAUGCAACCGCGACAACCUCUUCCGUUGUUUCAUCGACCAGCGCUAUUCCACCCAGGCCAGCGCGUACUGCGCGGGUCUCACGCCCUUCACGACCACUGUCGCGACCACUACGGCCACAGAGACCUCCACCGUCUGGACGGAUGUGGUCGUCAGCACCCGUACGGAUACCGUCACCUCUACCACCACGGUCUUCACCGCCACAGUACCGUCGACGACUGCCACAGUCACCGGGUUCUAUGGAUCGGGUCCCCAGAAGAUGAAGCGUGCCGAAGCCGCCGCUCCUCCCAAGUGCUUGACCAACGGCGUAACGUACCCGGCUUCUCGCAUCACGUCCGCCUGCUCUUGCAUCGACGUCCCCGCCCAGACUGUCAGCGUCACAUACACAGCUGGCACGGCCACUGUUACGGAUACGCUCACUUCCCUUCUCACGGCCUCCGCCACCGCAACCGUCUGGGAGACGGUAUCGACCGUCACCACCGCCGGUGUCGCUACCGUCACUGUGCCCCCAGCCGCUCUCUCGAACCUGGACUUCGAACAGGGCAACCUCAACGGCUGGACGUACUACGACAACAACGACGCCGGCUGGGAUGGCGAUGUCGUAUCUGUGGCUGGCGCCAACGGCCAGCCCACCCGGGCGUUCCGCGUGAUCAACCGCCAGUACCUCGGCUUCGCCGACCUGCGCACCACCAACCAGUACUUCCGCCUCAAGGCCGGGUCUCGGUACAGGGUCAGCAUGUCGGGCAAGACGACGUCCACCGCCAGCAACACUCUCCCGAACGUCUCCCUCAACGUCAACACCAGAAGCAACUUCGGCAUCAACGCCAACUGGUACCCCUUGCAGAACGGGGUCGGGCUGGGCAACGGUUGGUACAGGUUCAGCGGGGAGUUCACCGUCCCGGCACAGUACGAGGGUGACUUUGUUGUCGCCAUCGGGUUCACCAGGAGCCAGAACUACGUCGAGCACUUUGUGGACAACAUCGCCAUCGAGCAGAUCUGAUC